CGGUUCUACCGCAUCAUAAGCAAUGACCGCCCACAAGAGCAGCCAGCAGGCGUAUCCGCGGCCGAAUCAGCAGCCGCUCUCAAGCAAAGCCAGAUGCUCCUCGAGAGCACGCGGCAGACGGCGCUGUACACGCUGACACUGUGCCGCAACGUCAUCGCGAUUCUGGAACUCACGCGGCUGCGCAAGUCACGCGUCGGGCUCCUGUACUGGAUCGAGUUCUGGGACCAGUACUACGGACGGCGGUUUGGGCGGGCGCUGGCGGCGCAAAUCACCUACGCGCUGGGUCGGGUGGACGGCUUGUUCCGAGCGGUGGCCAGCGAGCUCCACGCGCUCACACAGCGAGUCGUCGACGCCGUCACGGAGGCGACCACGGAGACGGAGAUCCUGCAGCUGCUCGAGCGCAUGGAGGACGAGGUCGGCGUGCGGCGGAGGCGGCGCCGGAAAAAGGCGCAGUCGAUCCUCAACAAGAUGCGCGCCAGCCUCGAGGCCAUCCCCGUCCGCGUCAACGACGAGCUCCUCGACGACCUGAAGCGCGGUGUCUUCGCCCUCGACAUCUACUGUGACUAUUACCCCGGGGACCCGAUCAAUCAGGAUCCCCCGCCCGAUUGGACCGAC